AUGGAAGAACAACAACAAAAACUUCUUCAAUCCUCUUCCUACCCCUUCUUCUGGGGCUACACACCAGAACAACAAUACUACAAACAACAACAAAUCACAUCCACAAAAUCAACCUUCACAACACCAAGAAACCUCACUCUCUUCACCCGAUCAUGGCUUCCAACCCUCACCACGCCACCACGCGCUCUCAUCUUCAUGAUCCAUGGCUACGGCAACGACAUCUCAUGGACCUUCCAAUCCACCCCAAUCUUCCUUGCUCAAAUGGGUUUCGCUUGUUUCGCUCUUGACCUUCAAGGCCACGGUCAGACCCAAGGUCUCAAAGCUUUUGUCCCUAGCGUUGACCUUGUUAUACAAGAUUGUCUCUCUUACUUCAAUUUCAUCAAAAGAGAUCCAAAGUUUGAAUCUUUACCGUGUUUUCUAUUCGGUGAGUCAAUGGGGGGUGCUAUUUGUCUUUUGAUUCAUUUUGCUGAUCCAAGAGGCUUUCAAGGUGCUAUCUUAGUAGCACCCAUGUGUAAAAUCUCUGAUAAGGUUAGACCCAAAUGGCCAAUUCCUCAGAUUCUCACUUUUCUUGCGAGAUUCUUCCCUACUUUGCCGAUUGUUCCUACUCCUGAUCUUCUUUACAAGUCUGUGAAAGUUGAUCAUAAGAAGGUUAUUGCUCAAAUGAACCCUUUGAGGUAUAGAGGGAAACCUAGGUUAGGGACUGUGGUGGAGCUUUUGAGGGUUACUGAUAUUUUGAGUAGGAAGCUUUGUGAUGUUGAGCUUCCUUUUAUUGUGUUACAUGGAAGUGCUGAUGUUGUUACUGAUCCUGAGGUUAGUAGGGAGUUGUAUGAAGAAGCUAGGAGUGAAGAUAAGAGUAUUAAGGUUUACGAUGGGAUGAUGCAUUCUUUGCUUUUUGGGGAGACUGAUGAGAAUGUUGAAAUUGUUAGGAAUGAUAUUUUGCAGUGGCUGAAUGCUAGAUGCAAUUGA